AUGAUGAAAAACAAUGUGAUUAAAAGAAUUUGCAAAUGUGAAAAUGAGGCUGGUAUAAUGUGUAGAUAUUGGAAUUCAAAAUAUUAUUAUCAUAAAAUAGUGUUAUUAAAUAAGCCUUGUGAAAUUAUAUGCUUAGACUAUGAAAGAAAAAGAAUAACAAAUAAAGUUAUUUUAUCUCAUAUUAAUAAUAGUGUGAAUGAAACAAAAAAGGAAAUAAAAAACAUUGAUGAUGCUAAUAAACAUGAAUUGUUUAGUCUAAAUUCUAGAACAAAUAAAAGAAAUUAUAGUAAGGGGAUUUCCACGAAAAAAAAAAAAUCAAACGAAUAUAUUUGGUACACUUAUUCAAAAAUAAAUCAGGAUACUGAAAAAGAAAAAGGUGUAUCAUUAAAUACUGGAACCAAAGCUAAAAACAUUUUUCACUUAAAUAAUAUAAGUUGUUUUAAUUCAAGUAGUGGGCAAAAAAUAAAAAUUCGAACAUUUACACACACAACUAAUAUAGUAAAAAAUGAUAAAUUUAUAAAAAUUUCUAAAUUAAACAUUAUUGAAUUGUUAGAUUAUGUUAAUAAAAAUUUGGAGAAAAAUGAUGAUACAAAGAUAUGGGAUAAUAUAUUUAUUCAAAUUGAUAAAUUAAUUUCAAAAAAAAAAAAAAAUGAAUAUAAUGAAGAAAUAGAUUUAUUUUUUCAAAAAUUAAACAAUUUUGAUUAUUAUACAAUUUUAAAUAAUCUUAAGUGUGUGGAUGAAAAUACAAAAAAUGAAAUUCUGAAGGGGGCAUUUUUUGAAUGUUUUGUUUUAAAUUUAAGGAAAAGAGAUAUAACAUAUUAUUAUGGGAAUGACCCAAAGGUGUCUGAUUAUAGUUUGACAAAUUUUCAGAAAAAUGACACACAAAAUUCAGAAGAAAAAAAUGUUAAAUUAAUAAAAAAAUGGCUGACUUUGUCAGGAAGAUUUUCAAAUACUAGCGAAAAUAUGGUCAUGUUAAAAGAUUAUUUAAAUAAAAUAUUUAGACAAAAUAUUGAUAAAUUAAUUGAAAUUGAUUAUUUUGGAAAAACAACAAAAUAUUUAGAAAAUCAAAUGAAUAGUAAAACUAUGCAUUCAAUUAUAUUUACAUAUAAAAAUAAGUUUGAAUUAAUGAAGCCUUCUGAUUUAAGUUUGAGUUUAUUUAUUUUACAAAAAUAUUUAAUAUUAAAUUAUAAUUUAUUUAAUAAAAUUGUUGAUUAUGUAGUUUGUGAUCCUUUAAAUAAAUUUCAAAUACAUAAAAAUUUUAUCAAUUUCAUCAAAAGUGUUGAGUCUUUUGUUAUAGGACAACCUCAAACUUUAGGGAAACCAAUUCAAGACAACAUUAAUUUGUAUCAUAUAGACAAUCAAAAUAAAAGCGAAAAUAAUAUUGCUUGUACAGAACAAUUUCAAAAUAAUAUGAACAAUUUUUAUAAUUCAAGUUUUUUAAUUUUUAUAAAAAAAAUUAGUUUAAUUAUGCAUAAUUAUAAUUUAGAAAAUCUUUUGUUUUUAUCUGAGUGUAUGCAAAAUAUAAUUUUUAUGGCAACUACACAAAAUCAAAUUAUGAAUAUGUUUAUAAAUAAGUUAAGAUAUAAUAUUGAUAAAUGUAUAAAUAUGGAUACUGCUGAUAAUUAUACAUUAAUACGUAUUUAUAAAAUAUAUUCUGUAUUUUCUUUUGUCCCCGAAAUUGAGUUUUCUUAUCAAUCUUCAUUUGAUGAUCACAAAAUAAAUCAAAAAGAUAGCAAUAUAAAUAUUGAGUCGAUAAGUGUAAAAAGCGACAUUUUUGACGAAGAACAAAAAGACAAUAUAGUAACUAGCGAAUUAGAUGAAGAAAAAAAAAUUAUUAACAAGUCAGAAAAAAAUAGUGAAAAAAAAAAUAUAUCAAAAGAUAGUGGAGAUACGAUAUUAAAUAAAAAAGAAGAUAUAAAUUAUUUAAACACAUUUAUACGUGAUUGGGACUUAAUUCAAAUAUACGAUAACACAAUUAAUAUAAAUAAAGAUCUUUUGAAUUAUAAUAAAAAUUAUGAAAUUAAUAGAAGAAGUGAUUUGCUAAAAAAUGUGGUAGCGAUAGUUUGCUCAAGAAUGGAUAAAAAUUUAGACGAAAUAAAAACAGAAUUAAAUAAAAUAAAGAAAAGUGAUUCGAACCGAAUAAAUAUAUUAUUUCCAGAUAAAAAGGAUACAAUGUUUUCUUUUGUAAAAUCGGAUAUAAAUCUAGACCUUUUAAUGAGUGAAAUAAAAAAAAUGAAUGAUAAUAAUGUAGACAAGGAUAUGUAUAGAGAAAAGAUUAAAAAUGAUUUACAAAAUGAAUAUUUGAUUUUUUAUAAUAUAAAAGUGUUAAGUGAUAUACUUAAAUUUUCACAAUAUUCUGUAAACACAAAUAGGUAUACAUAUGAUAUAAUAAAAUGUAUAAAAAAAAAACUAGACGAAAUAGUAGUUUUAUAUUCGAUUAACAAGAAUGAAAUGACAGAAAAUGAAAAAAGUGGUUGGAAUGAAAAAAAUAACUCAAAAGGCUUAGGAGAAAUAUAUAAAAUUGAUAAAGAUAAAAUAUGUAACGAAAUAAAAAAUAUUUCGUUGUUUGAUUUGUACAAUUUUUAUAGUAGUUGUAAAAAUUAUAGUCCAACUUUUAUUUUAAAAUUUGUAGAUUCAUUAAUAAAAAUAACACCUAAAAUUAAUAUAGUGAAUUUGGAUAAUAAUAGUGUUAUAUCAUUUAAUGAAAAAGAUAUUUACAAGACAGAGUAUGCAGAAUUUUAUGAAGAAGUAACAAAAAACAAAAAUAUAAAUAGGAUAAUUAUACCGUUUGUUGUUCCUCUAUUACAAACUAUUAAAAUAAUUAUUUCCUCAAAUUUAUUUCUUAAAAAUGACAAGUUAAACGAAUAUAUUAAUAUAAUGGCACAGUACUCUUAUUUUGUAUUAUUUUAUUAUUAUUACAAUAGUAACAAAUAUGAGAAAAAAAUAGAAAAUCAUGACGAACUUACUGAGAAUAAUACACAUGAAGAAAAACAGAUAAUUAAUAAUUUAAAGACAAAUAAGGAACACAGUGAAAUAAAUGAUAUUUUUAAAAAUAGAGAAAAUAUUAUAGGUAGUCAUAAAAAUUAUAGAAAAAAAACAUGCCUUUUUGAAAACCUAUAUUUAGAAGACAUAUGGGAUAUAUAUACUUGUCUAUCUACUUGUUUACAUUUUUUAAAUAAAACCGAAGAAAAAACAUAUGGAAUACAACACUUAAUACAUUUAGAAAAUCAUUUUAUAGAAAUAAUUUCAGAAAAAAAAUAUAUGAAAUAUUUAUCAGAUAAUUUUAUUUUUUAUUUAUUUAAAACACCUUCUACAAAUAAAUUAGAAGAAAUUUUUGAUAAUGCAAUAUCAUCACUAAAAAUUAAUAAUUUAAAAAAAAAUAUAAAUAAAAAUGAUGAGAAUAUUUCUUCACAAAAUGAAAAGGUUUUAAGUUUACCUGCUUCCACAGCUUUUUUUUUAUCCAAAAUCAAAUUAGCUAUGCAAUGUAAUAAUAUGGAUAAACCAGAAAAUAUUGAAAGAGUUGAAAAUUGUAAAAAAUUAUUUGAAAUAUUAAUUAAUGAUUACAAAAUGUUGGAAAAUUGUAUUGAAAAUAUAUUUACUUCUCAUAAUAAUCCGGAUCAAAACAUGAAUGUUCAUAAUAAUAGUACGCAAAUAUUUAGCUGGACAGAAAGGGAAAAUAAAAGAAAUGGAAAAGAAAAUAUAUUUAAUAAUUUUUCCAACAAAGGAAAAUAUAAUUAUUUGCCAUAUUUGUUGUCUAAUAAAGUUUGUGUAAACAAAAACAUUUAUUUUAAAACAUUAAUAAGCGAUAUGUUUUUUGGUGCUCAUCAAAUUAAAACAUUGUAUAAUCUUCAAAAUACUUUAUUAAAAACUGUGAAAUAUAUAGAAACAACACAAAUUAACAUAAAUAUAAAUUAUAAAUUAAAAGAAAUGCAGCCAUUUCAUAAUAAUAUAUUAUCUUAUUUACUUGAGCUUUCAAAUAUAAUAAAAAGUUGCUUAUAUUCAGCAUUUUUGUCACAACCAUAUAUUCAUAAAUCACCAAAAAAAUAUGUUACAAAAGGAUUAGUUAAUUAUUUUAUUAAUAAUUGCAAACUUUCGAAUGAUGGUGAUAUAUGUGAAAAAAAUAAUUCAAAGUUAUUUAAUGGGGCAAGAAAUUAUAAGUAUAUAGCCAACAAAUUGGAUAGCUAG